CUUUGUCUGAGACGGAGAAGCAAAAAUGUUGAGAAGAGUGAUCGGUAACGUCGCCGUCCGGCGUCAGAUUCAACGAGCUCUAUCCAGUAAAUCCGGCGGUGGAAGUGGAAAGCCUAGCGAUGUCUCAACCGCAGUAGACUCGAUGCUUCUCCGUUCCCUAAAAGAACAUUACCUAGAAGUCUCCAAGAUGACUCCUCCUCCGAAAGUGACGCCUCCUUCACCGUUCGAGAUAGUGAAAGGAUCUCUCGAGGGAACUGGUGCUGUUCUGAAGAAAUCCGUUGGAAAUGAAGAGAUUAGUCUCUUCGUGAUGCGGUUGGCUCAUGGAGGUGAUGAUGAAGAUGAAGAUGGGAUUAAUCAGCUGUUCCUCCAUGUGGCUGUGUCAAAGCCAAACCAGGCUGAGUCUCUGCAUUUCCUUUGUGGGCUUUACCCAGAUGCGUUGGGUAUUCACUCUGUUUCCAUGAGGCCAAAGCUUGAGGAUUUGGAGUUGUCUGAUGAUCCUGCUCGUUACACUGGUCCUUCUUUUGAAGAGCUCGAUGAGAAAAUGAGAGAUGUAUUCCAUAGCUUCCUAGAGGAGCGAGGUGUGAACGAGAGUCUCUUCCCGUUUCUUCAGGCUUGGCUUUAUGUUAAGGAUCAUCGUAACCUACUGCGAUGGUUCAAAUCAGUUGGCACGUAUGUGCAUGAAACUCUAUCUGCAGAAAACGCCUAGGGUGCUCAAUCAGAAAGGGGCAUAUCUUUUCAGUCUUUAAUGAUACAACUUCAGGGCACUUUUGCUUCCUUUAGACCGUUCUAGAAAACAUAUGCUUCAAGAUGUGAUGUUUAAGUUUUAAAAAGUUAAUUUUUUUGACUGUGUGAGCCCUCUUUCUAAAGGCAAAGCUAUGGCCCUAUUAUAACACUGAUUUCGCAAAACAGAGUGACACUCUAAUGAUUUUUAGGAACAAAAAGAACAUAA